UGUGUUUUGUCAGAAUUAAUGAGAAAAGUUCCCUUGCCCUAGGGGUAAUUAGUGUCCUUGGAGUUAAAUAAGCUAAUACUUAGACACCUCUGGCACAAGCAAUUAUGUUUGUGUAUUGAAUAAUUGAUUCAAAGAGGGGGGAAGGGCUGCUAAUCAGAUCUGAGCAUAAUGAAUUGAUUUAAUUAACAGGGGAAUCCGAGGGUCUCUGGAAACUGCGCGCAUUUAUUCAGCGGCGGCGGCGGCGGAGGCGAGCGCGGCACACGAACCGGGAGCGAGGCGGCGCGAGUUCGCUCUUAGCAGUUGGCAGAUUUGCAAUUGGAUUUGUUUGAACAUAGUUGCCGUUUCGCAGCGAGAAGGAGACAGAGAGGAUAUUAAACGGCGAGGGCAGCUCAGCCGUUCAGUCUGCGCGUCCGAUCCGUCCGCGUGUGUGUGUGCGUGUGUGUGCGUGUGGGCACAGUUACAGAGGCGACACUAGAUUUGAUUACGCUUUUCAUUGUUUUGCCUGAAUUCUCUUUCUUCCUCUUUUUUCCCUCCUCUUUCUGUCGCAUGGAAUUUAUCCAAAGCAACCAACGCUGUUCGACGCUAUUCAUUCCCAUCCCAGUUCGGUCCGGAUAGGAGGGGAUCUCGCCGCGCACAUCACCGCAUAUGACAUUAUUAGUCGAUUGGUAGAAGGUGGGGGAACGAGCCGACGUGCGAAUCCGUCUUUUCGAGGCUUUUUUUUCUUUUCUUUUCUUUUUUUUUUGUUGUUGUUGUUGUUGUUGCUGCUGCUGCUGCUGCUGCUCUUUCGCCGAGGCUCACAGUCGAGUCAGCCGCGCGUUGCCGAGCCAUCUCCGGGAGACGCUGCGAGCAGCCUGCUGGAGCCGAGGACGGAUCGCCCGGGGAAGGACUCCUCGUUCCUCAGGACGAUGGUGUUGGACAAGGAAGAGGGUGUGCCGAUGCUCUCCGUCCAGCCCAAAGGGAAACAGAAGGGGUGUGCUGGCUGCAAUCGCAAGAUUAAAGACCGCUACCUGCUCAAGGCCCUAGACAAAUACUGGCACGAGGACUGUCUCAAAUGUGCCUGCUGUGACUGCCGCUUGGGGGAGGUGGGCUCCACCCUCUACACGAAAGCCAACCUCAUCCUCUGUCGCAGGGACUACCUGAGGCUCUUUGGUACAACGGGGAACUGUGCAGCCUGCAGUAAACUGAUCCCAGCCUUUGAAAUGGUGAUGAGAGCCAGAGAUAAUGUUUACCAUUUGGACUGUUUUGCCUGUCAGCUUUGUAACCAGAGGUUUUGCGUGGGGGACAAGUUUUUCCUAAAGAACAACAUGAUUUUGUGUCAAAUGGACUAUGAGGAGGGCCAGCUGAACGGGAGCUUUGAGACACAGGUUCAAUAGUUGGAACCUCGUGGCAGCAACAAUCAGCUCCACACUUUACACACGAGAUGGGUGUUCUGCUGCACUUGGAAAAAGACAAGCGUCUGUCUGCUUGCCUGCAAUACUUUUUAAGACCCCUUUAUCAGUCUCUAAGGACUCUAUUGUAAAUGUUCAACUUUUUGCCCCUCCCACACCCCAACACUGAGCAGUUACAAAUGUUGAUGUACAGUUGUGCCUGCUUAGCUGAGCACUGUAUUGCUUGUGUUUAUGUUUUGUGAAAUUUAUUUCAGGUUUGUUUUCUUCUCCUUUUAGAAAUGGUUCAUUGGAGGGUAUGUACAGUCUGUUUUCUCUGUAUAUAUAAACUGGAACAUUUAUUUUAUGAAAUGUAAUGCAAUUUUAUUACUAGUGUGAAUUAAAGAUUCUUAAAUGUUCACAGUGGGGGUUUUUUUUCUCUUGUACCAAAACCAAAGUUGUUGGAGGAGGUUAGCCCAUAUGUUGAUAAGUAAUCAUGUCUGCAGAUACUGCAAUGGUAUAAGAAGCCUUGCAGGAGAAGAGUAUAUUUGAAGUCCUUCUUUAAAACAUGAUGCAACAAAACAAGUUUGUAAGUAUGACAUUUUGCAGAGUACUGAUGGAAUUAGAAAUGCUGUUUAAAAUGGACUAAAAAGAUUUUAUUUGGAAUAAAAGAAUGCUUCUCCAAA